AUUUACAGCACUUAAUUUUAAACCUUCAUACAUUGAGGGUAGAUAUCAUUAUCCAAUGAAGAAAUGUCUAAUUCCAUGGUUAUAGUAUUUAACUUCUUUAAAUAGUCAUUGUAAUACUAUUGGAACAAUAUAAAAAAUAUAAAAAUUUAAUGUCACAAACAGGUUUCAAGUAAGGAUCACUAAUCCUAUUUAGUUGUAAAUAAAAUAAAUUCCAAGCAGAACUUAUUUUUAAAUAAAUUCAUUUUUUAUAAUAGGAUGUACCAAGAUAAACUGGUGAACCUCAAAAAGCAGUUGCAGCAACUAGAAGAUGGCAUUCACACAGAGUAUCUACGGAGAGUGAAACGCUUGGAACACCAACUCCAUGAGAGGCUUCGCCUUAAUAAAAUAUACAAAGAUCAUAUGUUUGAUGUUGUGGAGAGAGAAUAUGCAGCAGAAAAGAAAGCAGCAGCUAAGGAGUUUGAGGAGAAGAAAAUAGAGCUAAGGGAGAACUUGCUCAAUGACUUUGAGGACAAGAGGAAGAUGAUUGAGAACGAGAGGCACAGUAUGGAGUUGAAUGGGGAUUCUACAGAGGUGAAGCCAGUGAUGAAGCGUAUACUGCGUCGGCGGGCGAACGAGCCGGCCCCCGCGCCCGAGAAGCGCCGCAAGCCGCUGGCGACCACGCUCACGUACCAGCUGGACGAGCGCGAAGUGGACGCGGACCUGCGCGCCAUCGCCCGCCACUCGCCGCCCACCCAUCCCGCGCACCACCACCACCAUCACGCCCACCACAACACCAACCACAACACGCCGCGCAAGCAUCACAACUCCACCAACAGCUGUGAGUCGUCUCCUACUUUCUGAGUUAUAGACUAAAGCUAAUAGAUGGUGACUGUGAUAUCUUGAGAUGAAAUGUCGCUCGUUAUUCAAUCCAAUGGUCCAACACACAUAAUCUAAUAUUUUCAUAUUAAGUGUAUUAAGAUGCCAAGCGAUAGGGAAAUGUAUUUUUCGUAGGUUGUCUUAAAAUACAGUACUAUAUAUUUAUAAAGGGUUCCAAAAUAUUUUUGUAUCUUAACCGGGUAUGAUAGAUUAAAAUAUUGAAAUAAUACUUAUCUAAAUUAUUAUUGUAAUUUCUAUAUUGUUUUCAUAAUGACAAGAUAUAUGUAAAUG